AAUAAUGUGCAGUGCAGUCGCGUUCACAGGAGCGCGAGGGCAGGUGUUACAGCGUCCCUCUCGCGCAGCUGCUCCACAAUCUCCAAAACACUGAUCGCGAAUACGGAUCCAAAGCAUACGAACCGUCCUCUCUUUCUUCUCCGCGACGCAGCGCAGCAUCAACCCGGCGCAUCCAGCCGACAUGGCCUCAUCCGUGAGCGGAGCAGAGGAAGUGCGCGUGUCGGCGUUGACGCCCCUGAAGUUGGUAGGUCUGGUGUGUGUUUUCCUCGCGCUGUGCCUGGAUGUCGGGGCCGUGCUGAGUCCGGCGUGGGUCACCGCGGAUGACCAGUACCACCUGUCCCUGUGGAAGUCGUGCUGGAAGACCGCUGCCUCCGCGACCUGGCGGUGCAACAGCACACUGGGGACCGACUGGCAGAUCGCCACAUUGGCUUUGCUGUUGGGUGGAGCGUUUCUUAUCCUCCUCUCCUUCCUGGUGGCCCUGGUGUCUGUUUGCAUUCGUUCCAGGAGACGCUUCUACCGACCGGUCGCGAUUAUGCUCUUCGCUGCAGUGGUCCUGCAGGCCUGCUGUCUGGUGCUGUAUCCCAUCAAGUUCAUCGAGACCAUCAGUUUGAGAAUAUACCAUGAGUUCAACUGGGGUUACGGUCUGGCCUGGGGAGCCACCAUCUUCUCCUUCGGCGGAGCCAUUCUCUACUGCCUGAACCCUAAGAACUACGAAGAUUAUUAUUAAGCCACACCCACAAUGCACUUCGAUGUCCCUCUUCACUGUUGUGAUAGCAGCUCAUGCACUGAACUGACACAAAGACCCUCAAAAUGCGGGGCGGACGCCGAGCUGAUAGAUCCAUAUUUUGAUUCUCCCUCAGAUUGCUCUAUCAUUCAAUUAAACCCUUUCAUCACACUCUUUUUCUUUUUCCGUCUGUCAUCUCUCUCUCUGCUCGUGCCAUUUUAACACCUCUGAUCAUCUUCUGACUGUCAGAAGAGCGUUUGACUCCAGAUGUCAGUCUCCGUUCGCAGGAGAGCUGCUAGUCUGUGAUGUAAUCAGCGGGGAAACCUCCAUCUGUGGUGGGAUCUGAAGCGAGGCAGACAGACGCCUGCAAGUCUGGCACCAUCAAACUUUGCCAUGAGAGACGCAGCAUUUGAGAUUUGAAAGAUGCACGAGAGAAGGUUUAAAGACAAAUUUAAAGUCUCUGGGAUGCGUCAGCACAUAAAAAAUAAACAAGCUGCGUCCGAAAUUGCAUACUUC